UUGAUUCUAAUAUAUCUUGUCCCAUUUGUUUGUUUAGACGUCAUCCAUACCCAAGGACCGUUGGACGGCAGCCUCUAUGCAAAAGUUUGUAAAAAGGAAUCUGGCGAGGGAGUUGUCGCAACCAACGGCCUUCCACCCACUACUGUCGAACAUGCUUUACCCGCGGUUGACCACGCCCUGUCUGUGAGUAGCGAUUCGGGAAAUUCAACUGCCUCCAUCAAAACCGACCGAACUGAUGAAGCAACGUCAGCUCUUCAGGCUUCUGCACUAAGCCAGACACCCCUUCCUGUGGGCGAGGAGUUACCCUCGGUCCACGGUCCGGCCUCACCUGCCCAGCAGCAAAUAAGUCCGCAGGAGAAAAAGGAGCUGGAUCAACUACUGAGCGGCUUGGAGGGGCCCAUGCACCGGCAGGCCUACCUGUCCACCCCGACAUCUUCAGCUGGAGGGAUGCUUCACCUGGUGCCGGCACAGGUCCACGUCAAUGGCCACAGCAGCGUUGACCGCGAAACCGACAUUUUAGACGAUGAACUUCCCACCAGCCAAGAGGGCAACAGCGUGGAUAGUCUGGGGACAUUCUCCUCCACUGAUGGUCGGGCUACUCCAGCUGAUCUCUACUACCAGUCUGACCCACUCAUCAAUGGCCAGGAACACGUGCCAUAUCUGGAGCGCAGUGUCCCAGAAAAGCCUCUACAGACAGUCCAGUCGCAGUCUGUCAGAUCUGAGAAACCCAGCACUUUGACUCACAGCAAUUUUGCCCAGUCCAUGGAUAAUUACAUGGCUACCCAAAAUGGCAGUCUGUAUCGCUCUCGGUCAUUUGGGUCAGAGUCCAAGUCUAUGCCGCCGGCCCCCGCCCGCACCACGAGCAGCAGGGAAGCUGUCCAGCGUGGCCUCAAUGUUUGGCAGCAGUUUGGAGUACCUGAGGAACCGGUCACUGAAGGCCUCACUUUCAGCCCACCUCCGUCAGUUGCCUUGUCCAGCCACCAUAGCCUACCACAGUUCCCUCGUCGUCCGAGUGCCUCCCAGCAAGAGAUCGAGCAAUCUAUCGAAGCCCUUAACCUCCUAAUGAUUAACCUAGAGCCAGGGCAAUCGCAUGUAUCAAAAUCCCAAAGCGCUCCACUGCAGGAAAACUGUCCGGUAGUGACAACUCAGCCAUCCUUCUCCCAGAGUCAAACCCGGCCCUCCUACCAGACUGACGCUUCCGUCCAUACCCACAUUUCGGGACCCGUCUCCAGUCCGAGCAACCUCUUUUCGACAGUUCAAAUAUCAUCUGGGAAGCGUAACACACCAGAGUCUACUCCAGUCCACGGAUCCCCGGGUUACUCCUCUGAAACAGGUGGAACCAGCGCUUCCUCAAAAGUCCCCCCCCUCGUAAGUGUCCCCCUUCAGCUCAAACCCUUUAGCACAUUCCCACCAAGUGUGCAGUCCCAGUCCGCAGAGGUGUCUGAUCCCCGGAGAAGCCCAAAUGCAGCCUCACCAUCGCCUCAGCCAAGAGACGGCGAGCCAGAAGAAGUCUUCAACGUUGAAGGUCUUGUGGCUCAGAGAGUAGCAGAGUACUCGGCUCGGGUCCAAAACGUCACCCCCAGCAUGACCUCUUCUCAGUCUGAGCAUCGUCGUUCUCACUCCCUCUCGGGAGUCCAGGCCCGCGCGGCGUCCUUUGACGAGCCCGCGCCUCUUCCCCGCUCUCGGUUUACCAGCGAGGGCCACUCCGACGAAGGUCUGUCCCCCGACAUCCCCGUCCGCUCCCCCGUCCGCUGCGUUUCUCCCGAGUUUGUCAACGCCAUUGCCAUGAACCCCGGAGGACGGCCCAAGGAGAAAAAUAUGCACAGCUACCGGGAAGCCUUUGAGGAAAUGGAGGGAGGUCCUGUCAGUCCUACACCCACAGUUGGUGGUGAGGUGUUUCCCCAAACCCCUGCAUUCCCCAUCUCACCACAAACCCCUUACUUCAACCUGUGUCGGUCUCCUCCUGGUCUUGCGAAGACUCCAUUGUCAGCCCUCGGAUUGAAGCCCCACAAUCCAGCAGAAAUACUCCUCAAUCAAACAGGCUCAGCUCCGAGAAGCUACGUGGAGUCUGUGGCGAGGUCGGCCGUGACUGCUGGAGAGGCGCCCGCAUCCCAUCGAAGUCUGAGCCCUCCACAAGACACGACGAGUCAGCAGAGAGGUCUAGGUCCUAGUACCCACACGCUGAAUCCACCUCUGUCCAGCAGCAGUCCAAUCCAGGGUGUGCAGAGCGAUCACCUGUUAGCAGAGAGUGGCGUUAGCACCCCCUCCCAACCAACUACUGAUUCUGGGUUCCGCUCUCAGACAACAGAGAGUGCUUACCCCACUCCCACCCCGUCGUAUCAAGCCCAGUAUACCCCGACUUCUUCCUACCUGGAUUCCAGCUCUCCAACCUCUUCCUACCUUGGAACAACUACACCCACACUGUCCUACAUUGGUCCCAGCAGCCUCUUGGGGAGCUACCCAGCCUCGGAUCCCAGCCCACCUCUUUCAGAACCCUCGAAGACCGCACUUGGUCAUGGAAGUCCCCAAGCACAGCGCCAACCGAACACCGUCGGCUUCCCCCACAAUCCUGUCAUCCAGCAGCACCUGAGCGCUAGACACGAUGGCUUUAUCCAGCCAGUCCAAAAACCCACCAAUGGUUUUGAAGUUGGCACGACGGGUUUCAGCGGCAGUCCCACCCUUGGUCGCCGUCUGUCUCAGGGAACACAGAGGAGCCCGGUCCUUAGCAGGCCGGCUCCUCUGGGACAUGGGUCUCAGCAAAGCCCGGUCCUCAGCAGGCAACCGUCCCUGGGUCAGCCUGUUCAGAGCAGCCCCGUGCUCAGCCGACAGCCAUCCAUCACACAUCCUCCAGGAAGCCCAGUGCUGGGACGCCACCCGUCCGUUUCGCAGAUGUCCCAGAGAAGCCCGAGCUUAGAUCGCCACCCGAUGCACAGUGGUUACACCACUCCGGACGAAAGACACGGGAACCUCUCAAGACAGAGCAGCUCUUCCGGCUACCAGGGACCACCCACUCCCUCAUUCCCCAUCUCACCUGCAGGUUAUCAGGAUGGUGGGAUGAUGGGUGUAGGUUUUAGGCAGGGUAGCCCGGCCCCUGGUUUCCAGCCGCAGCUCCCAGAGAAGAGGCGCAUGUCGAGUGGGGAUAAACCCAACGGAGUCCUGUCCUAUAGCACACUGAAUGGGAAGACUAUGGCGACCGUGAGUGGAGGAAGCAAUCCUGGCUACUUUCAUACCCUCUCCGAUUUCUCAAGGUUCAAUAUUCCUGAUGGAAGCCCAGAGAGCAGGCUGAAUGUGAAGUUUGUUCAAGACACGUCCAAGUUCUGGUACAAGCCAGACAUCUCCAGGGAACAAGCUAUUGGCCUGCUCAGGGAGAGGGAGCCUGGAGCCUUUGUUAUCCGGGACAGCCACUCGUUCAGAGGGGCUUAUGGCCUGGCUAUGAAGGUCGCUUCUCCUCCCCCAUCCGUGCAUCAGAACAAGAAAGGUGACAUCAACAACGAGUUAGUGAGGCACUUCCUGAUCGAGAGCAGCCCUAAGGGGGUGAAGCUGAAAGGUUGCCCCAACGAGCCUUACUUUGGUUGUUUGUCUGCUUUGGUCUACCAGCAUGCUAUCACACCAUUGGCCCUACCUUGCAAACUCCUCAUUCCAACAACAGAUCUCAUUGAGGAGGCGCCUGAGGUCACCACGGCAAAUCCACUGACUGAGAGAUUAAAACAAGGAGCAGUGCAGAGGGCCCCGGCUGACUCUCAUGCAUGCAAUGUUCUCUACAUCAACUCAGUGGAGAUGGAGUCCUUGACGGGCCCCCAGGCGGUGGCCAAGGCCAUAUCCGAGACACUGGCUGCUGCUUCUCUACCUACUGCCACCGUUGUGCACUUCAAGGUGUCCUCACAGGGCAUCACGCUCACUGACAACCAGCGGAAGCUUUUCUUCCGACGCCACUACCCCACCAACACUGUCACGUUCUGCGAUACGGACCCGCAGGACAGAAAAUUCUUUGGCUUUGUGGCGCGUAAGCAGGGAAGCACAACAGACAACGUCAGCCACCUCUUCGCCGAGCUGGACCCCGACCAGCCGGCCAGCGCCAUCGUCAACUUCGUCUCCAAGAUGAUCGCCUCGCAGAAACGAUGA